UGCAUUUCUUGACCACGCAGAAAUACCUCGGUAUAAUCAUUUAAAUUAAAACGUAAAUGGAAUACUACUGAGUAACCGCGCAACCGAUAAUAUUACUCCAAUUAUUCUGUACGAAGAUAAGCACGUUCUCUAUGUUCGAGCAACUCUAUGGCAGUCGUAAGCCAAGCGCGAGUCGUGAAGGCCAUCGUUGAAUGUGCGUGUCAUGGUCUUCUUCUUAUAUAAGUGCCGUCAUCGCGGAAUUACACGACAGUGUCAGUGCGUUCGUUCACCACGAAGCGAGCAGUCGCAUGAUAGAUAAAUAUUCUCUAUAUGUGUUAUAUCGCGUAAUUGAGGCUUCCGUCGCUUGCCUUGAUACAAAAUUUGUAGAGCUAAAUGUAACGGUGUAAAGUGCACUAAUUUUAUUUACUUUUUUACAUUUAUAUCAAAUCUACAAACUCAAUAAGAAAGAUUGCUUUACAGAAAACUGUUUUAUGAGCGCCAUCGGAUCAAUAGAGAUAUUCUACAAUAACGUGUCAUUGCAAUGCGGCUUGAAUCGUGUUACCUCUGCGAUAUUAAGUAUUUAAGAUAGCGAGACGUGUUGUAUUACACAGUUCGCGAGACCAAUAUAACUCGCGUUGGGAAUACCGUAAAGAUGGGUGGUAGCGGACAGAAUGGAAACAUCUUUACGUACGACACGCUAGUGCACGCGAUAUCCGGUGCAGUGGGUAGCGUCGUCGCGAUGGCAGCCUUUUAUCCUUUAGAUACCGUGCGAAGCCGUUUACAAUUGGAAGAAAGACUCCAAUCAAAAAAUACAUUAGCUACUAUACGAGAACUCAUUGCGAAAGAAGGACCAUAUACUCUAUACAGAGGCAUUAUCCCUGUUCUGCAGAGCCUGUGUGCAAGUAAUUUUGUUUAUUUCUACACAUUCCACGGCUUAAAAGAACUGAGAAGCAAAAGGAAUCAAACGGCUGGCAAUGACUUGCUUCUCGCGUCAAUUGCUGGUGUUAUCAAUGUCCUCACUACGACACCUCUGUGGGUUGUAAAUACAAGAUUGAAGAUGAGAGGCGUUGGAGUAACUCUAGAAAAAAAUAACAAUAAAUAUACUACUCUAUACGAUGGUCUGUUGCACAUAUGGAAGUACGAAGGUUUGAAACAGCUAUGGGCGGGAACGUUACCGAGUCUUAUGCUUGUUGCAAAUCCGGCCAUCCAAUUUAUGACAUAUGAGAGCAUUAAGAGAAGAGUCAUCACAUCUACUGGUACUGCACAACCACCGGCAUUGGUUUUCUUCAUUAUAGGAGCGAUAGCGAAAGCGGUUGCCACGGUGAUAACAUAUCCUUUGCAACUUGUACAAACGAAAUUGAGGCACGGGUACAAAUAUCCUAAUCUACCCCCAGACGCAGGCACAUUGCAAAUAUUAUUUUAUAUUCUGAAAAAGGAAGGGAUAAGUGGUUUAUUUAAAGGGAUGGAGGCCAAACUUUUGCAGACUAUCCUCACUGCUGCUUUGAUGUUCUUAGCUUAUGAGAAAAUUGCACGAUUCGUUUUCCGAAUACUUUUGCAUAGACCUUAUCUCAGAUAACCUUUCUUUCCCAAUGUUACAAAACACCUUAAGUCUCGAUUUGCUCGAAUCUUAAAUCAAAUUUUGUACAUUCCUACGCAUUUUAUCUUCUUUGUAUA